GCCUCUGUUGUGGGUCAAAGACCUACAAUUGCCAUGGUGACUGUCAUCAACAGCAGCCAGAAAACUGUCCUUAGCACUGAUGCACAGAACACACCUGUCAACCUCCAGACAACAAAUAAAGUCACCGGUCCAGGAGCAGAGGCAGUACAAAUAGUGGCAAAAAAUACAGUCGCAUUGGUUCAAGCUACAGCUCCUCAGCCUAUCAAAGUGCCACAGUUCAUCCCUCCUCCCAAACUUACUCCUUGUCCAAAUUUUCUUCCACAGGUUCGACCAAAACCAGUUGCCCAGAAUAACAUACCUAUAGCCCCAGCUCCACCUCCCCCUAUGCGCUUAUUUCAGAGGCCUGUGAUGUUGACCACAAAGUUCACCCCCACUUCCUUACCCUCUACACAGAAUUCCAUACACCCAGUUCGUGUUGUGAAUGGGCAAACAGCAACCAUAGCCAAAACUUUUCCAAUGGCACAACUCACCAGCCUUGUUACAGCAGCCCCAGGUGCCAGGUUUGCUGGACCUCAGACUCUACAGAUCGAAAAACCAAAUGUUGAAAAGCAGACAGUCAAACCCCAAGUAGAAACAGAGGAGAAGCCAACAGAGAUUCAUACUGUUACCUCUCCUGCACCUCCCAAGCCAAAACGAGAAGAAAACCCACAGAAACCUGCCUUUAUGGUUUCUCUUGGACUUGUUAUGCAUGAUCAUCUGGAAGAAAUACAAAGUAAAAGACAAGAAAGAAAACGAAGAACCACAGCAAAUCCAGUUUACAGUGGAGUUGUUUUUGAGCCUGAGCGCAAGAAGAGUGCGGUCACAUACCUGAACCACACAAUGCAUCCUGGGACACCUAAAUGA